GUAAUCUGAAUGUAAAUUUGUUGAAAUAAUCCUUAAAGGACGAAAAAAUACCGCAAGCCUUAAAGAGUCUUAUAAUUCUAGGUAAUUCUGAAAAGGAAGGAUGGCACCAGCACUUAGUAAACAUACGUUGAAAUAUGCAUUAGCUGGAUCUUUGGCAAUUAGUAGUUUACUAUGGUUGGUAAAAAGAAAAGGAAAAAAUCAUGUUAAAAACAAGAAUGUUAAUUGGUCUAACAACAAUAUACAAUAUUUCAUUAAAGAGGACAAACGUAAAGGUUCAAAAGCUCAAGUCAAUGCAGUAUUUUUUCGACAAUUAUUUAAACUAUUGUCCAUUGGCAUUCCUGGAAUAAUAUCAUCCGAAAUUUUGUUCCUGCUGCUUAUCGGUGGUUCUUUAACUGCCAGAUCAAUUUGCGAUCUUUGGUUGAUACAAACAGUUACUCUUAUUGAAACAGCAAUUAUCACCAUGAAUUUUCCUUUAUUCAAGAAACUUUUAUUGAAAUUUGUAAUUGUAAUACCUAGCAUAGCAAUUGUGAACAAUAUUUUAAAAUACAGUAUAGGCGAAGUGAAGUUGAAAUUGCGCACAAAUCUAACGCAUCAUUUAACGAAUCAUUAUCUCAAGGGCUAUACAUAUUAUAAGAUGAAUAAUUUAGACUCUCGCAUUACAAAUCCAGAUCAACUAUUAAUAACCGAUGUAGAUAAAUUUUGUGAAAGUUUUACAGACUUGUAUGGCAAUAUAAUGAAGCCAAUGUUCGACAUUAUUUUAUAUGCUUUCAGGAUGUCCACUACUUUAGGCGGGCAAACACCAUUAUUGGUACUUACAUAUCUAAUAAUAGCUGGUACUUGUACAACCUACUUGAGAAGACCAAUAACACAAAUGACUGUGAAAGAACAACAAUUGGAAGGUGAAUAUCGACAUAUCAAUUCACGUUUAAUCACCAAUUCGGAAGAAAUAGCAUUUUAUCAAGGAAACAAUAGAGAAAAAUUAAUUCUUUUAACUAGUUUUCAUAAAUUGGUUUCACAUCUUCGUAAAUUUUUGGAAUAUAGAUGUUUCAUAGGCAUAUUUGACAAUUUUAUUGGAAAAUAUCUGGCAUUAUUGAUUGGCUUUACUGCCGUUAGUAUACCAUUCUUUAAAAAGGAUCACCCCAUUCUUUCAGGCCCUUCUGAACAUCGAUUUAAAUAUUAUUAUACAUAUGGAAGAAUGUUGGUUAAAUUUGCAGAAGCAUUGGGCUUACUCAUAUUAUCAAGCAGAGAAAUAACGAGAUUAGCAGGUUUUACAGCAAGAGUUACAGAAAUAAGGGAUGUAUUAAAUGACUUGAACUCUGGAAAAUAUGUUAGAACAAUGAUGGCCGACUCGAAGAGUGAUCCACAUAUUUACCCAGGUGCUGGAAAGAUCAUUGCAAAAGAUAACAUUAUACAAUUUGACCGUGUUUCUCUUAUAACACCAAAUGGAGAUAUUCUUAUCAAAGAAUUGUCAUUUGAAGUUAAAUCCGGCAUGAAUGUAUUAGUCUGUGGUCCAAACGGUUGUGGAAAAAGUUCAUUAUUCAGAAUUCUUGGAGAGUUAUGGCCUGUUUGGGAUGGCGUCAUUACAAAACCACCACGUGGAAAAUUAUUCUAUAUACCACAGCGUCCCUACAUGACGUUAGGUACUCUAAGAGACCAAAUUAUUUAUCCUCACACUAAAGAAGAAAUGGCCAGAAGAGGACAAACUAACGACGAAGAUUUGUUAAAUUAUUUACGUAUAGUGCAAUUAGAAUAUCUUUUGGAAAGAGAAAAUCAAGGAAAUUCUGACAAUCAAAAAUGGGAUGCCGUAGCCGAUUGGAUGGAUGUUUUGUCAGGAGGAGAAAAACAACGUAUUGCGAUGGCCCGAUUAUUUUACCACAAACCACAAUUUGCAAUAUUAGAUGAAUGCACGAGUGCUGUUAGCAUUGAUGUUGAGGAUUCUAUAUAUUCUUAUUGUAAAGAUGCAAAUAUUACUUUAUUUACUGUUUCUCAUAGAAAAUCUCUUUGGAAACAUCAUGAGUACCUUUUACAAAUGGAUGGUAGGGGAGGAUAUGAAUUUAAAAAGAUUGAUCUAGAUUCAGAAGAGUUUGAAUCAUAAAUAUUUAAAUUUUUUCUCUAAACAAUAUUAUUUAAUGAAAUACAUGUACAUUUAGUGGCAACCAUAAGCAUGAGUGGUAAUGAAAACAAAUGAAAUAACGAGCAAACGAAUACAUAGUUUCUUAUUAAAAUACUAAAUUUUCAUAGAUUUCUUUUAGUUUCUCAAAAGAAAUCAAUAUUUAAGCAUAAAUAAUGAAUAGCCAUAAAUAUUAUUUCUACGUGAAUAAGGUGUAUAAUCAAAACUAUCUCAAAAAGUAGCUUUCAUAUAUUUUUCUAUUCGAAUUUUCUAUUUUUAAAUUUUCAUUUAUAAGUAUGUAAAUAUAAUACGAACACUCUCUUCUUCCAGUGUUUUACCAAACAUUUAUAUAAACACAUUAUUGUAUAUAUAGUUGAAGCUUGUAUCGUAAUAAUACAUCGUUGGAAAAUGAUGUAUAUAUUUGCUCUGUAAUUAAGUAAAUCUUAUUAACUUAUAUUCUAUUAUUAUAACUAUUAUUAUAACACAUAAAUCACGUUAAUUAAUGAAUAACAACAAAAUUUAACCAAAGAACUAUAUAAGUGUAUAUAUAAAUGUAUAUACACAAUAUUAUUUCUCUACGAAAUAUUUGAUGCGAUCGAACAGCUGUAAUUAUUUCAUGUAUAUCGCUCCGUUAUUAAUAUUAUUAAAAAUAUACUUUAUAAGAACGAAGGAAAGACAAAAAGAGAGAAAGAAAAAUAGUGAAAAUGAUAAAGGAACUCCAAUUCAUAAUGUACUAAGACUGUAACAAUUAUAAGGUGAAAGGGUAAUAAUUUCUUAAAAAGAAAUUUUCAGAAGAAAUAAAUAAAAAAGCAUAAAAGAAUAAAAUAAUAAA